GCUACACGCUUUUUCUGGGAUUGGUGAUUGAUCGCUUGCACCACUACCUCCGGAAGAUGGUUACUUUGAAGAAAACAGUUGGCACCUCCAAAGAGGAAGUUGAGAAACUUAAAAAGGAGCACCUUCAUUUCAAAGACAAGGAGGAUAAAGCUUCCAGUGAGAUGCAAAAACUCCAGAGAGAAGUCGGUAGUUUAACUGAAAAGUUGCAGAAGCUGAAGACAGAGUGCGAACAGCAGGAGAAACGGGCAGUGUCUGCUGAGGCUCAUGUUGUUUCCCUUCAAAAACAGUUAGAAGAGCUGCUGCUCGAAUAUGACCGGUUGUUGGAGGACAACCAAAUCCUCCAAGGCCAGCUUCUAUCAUACAGAGGCUGAGAGCCUGAGGAAGGUGAGUUAUCCUGGAAUCGGUCCGCGAUGUGUGUGCAUGUAAAUGAAGUGGAGAGAAGGAAGUGGUAGAUAUUUCUUGCGGGUACUGAUAACUUGAUCCUACUCUCAUCGGUUAUGUCCAAAUCAUGUCAACUUGUCAAAUUCCCAUAGCUUCUAAACCCUUUUUUGUGGUUAAGCCAAAACCUGCUGCAAGAGAUUGCUAAUGGUUGUGCUCUUGCAGGUGUUUUUAGAAGGCUUUCGUUUUGCUUCUAUGGGGAGAGUUUCAUGGAACCCAAGUGCUGUUGCUGUAUUGGUUUUGAUUUUAUUCAAGAACAACUUUUAUGGCUAACCCUCAAAAGGUUUUAGUUGAGGAACAAGUGAUCAAUCCUAUUGCAAUGAACGACUCUUUUUAGAAAUGCAUUAUUUUGUGCCACAUUGACA